GCCGUUGAUCCGGUGCUGCAGUGAGGAGGUGGUUCUCGCCCGUGUUGUGUGUGUGUGUGAGUGAGUGAGUGAGUGCGAGAGCGAGUGAGUGAGUGAGUGUGUGUGUGGGGGGACUCGGCUUGUUGUUGUCGGUGACUUCCCCCUCCCCUCCACCCCCCCUUCCCCGCCGUCGCUGCAGUGGCCGCUCCCUGGGCCGUAGGAAAUGAGCGAUAACGAUGACAUCGAGGUGGAGAGCGACGAAGAGCAACCGAGGUUUCAAUCUGCGGCUGACAAACGGGCUCAUCAUAAUGCACUGGAACGAAAACGCAGGGACCACAUCAAAGACAGCUUUCACAGUCUGCGGGACUCGGUCCCCUCCCUCCAGGGAGAGAAGUUGUAUUUCCUCUUCGGGGAACUGUGUGCUCCUGUCCGUCAUGGUCAGAGUUUGAUGGGGAAGUGUCACACCUUCAUUUCAAACUACCAAGGGGACAAGGAAAAAGAAUACAAGGCAUCCCGGGCCCAAAUCCUAGACAAAGCCACAGAGUAUAUCCAGUAUAUGCGAAGGAAAAACCACACACACCAGCAAGAUAUUGAUGACCUCAAGCGGCAGAAUGCUCUUCUGGAGCAGCAAGUCCGUGCACUGGAGAAGGCGAGGUCGAGUGCCCAACUGCAGACCAACUACUCCACCUCAGAGAACAGCCUCUACACCAACGCCAAGGGCAGCACCAUCUCUGCCUUCGAUGGGGGCUCGGACUCCAGCUCGGAGUCGGAGCCUGAAGAGCCCCAAAGCAGGAAGAAGGUCCGGAUGGAGGCCAGCUAAGCUCCGCGGGGCAGGCCAGCAAUAAAAACUGUCUGUCUCCUCCGUCGUCUCAUCCUCCUUUCAGUUCAUCUUAGAACCCUCAGAACCAUUUAAGAGACUUUAUUUUUUUCUCUCUCUCUUUUUUUUUUAUCUUAUUUUUACGUAGAAGCUCUUGGACAACAGCUCUCGUUCUCCUUCCCCAUUUCCACAUUUUUUUUUUUUUUUUUUUUUAACAUUUCCCUUCAGGAAUUCCCUGUCCCCACCAGGAAUUUUUAAACCAAAACACCCCAACUUGGCAGCUUUUUCUCUGGAGGACAGACGGCCGGCCGGACCUCUGAGCACACGGUGUCCUGACCGCCCACCAGCUCUUCCAGCCCUGCCGGGCACAUGCCCGGAGGACUCCUGCCCCUCCCAGGCCUCUCCUCCCGGGCCACCCUCACCUCUGUCUCAUAGACUUUGUGAAUCUGUGAACUGCUCUACUUUGAGAAGAUGACCAGUUUGGAGUGAUCAGAAUUACCCUUCCUUCUUUUUAAGGAUGUUUUUUUUUUAAGUCUAAAAAGCUAAUUAUUGCUCCUAUUGAAAGACCAGAUCCGUGAAGAAGUUUGUGGUAUAAAAGGCAGUGGGGACAGAUUUGCAGCACAGAGUCUUUGGCCUGCUUCACUCCUGCUUCUGUCAGCCAGCCUUAGGGAAGGCCGCGUGACACUCGAGUGGGAUGUGGGGGGACGGCAGCAUUGAAGUGGUAGCCACCAGGGGUGGUGGGGUGGGACAAGGAGGGAGGAUCGGGUCGGGUAGAGGUUUUGUAUCGAGGGCCAGUGAUGAUGUUUUGAUAUUUAUUUCCUGCUACUGAAAUUUGAAUCUGAGUGAAUUGUCCCUAUUUCUGAUGAUGUCGGUAUUGCAAAGCGACAGAUUCAUCAAGUAAUGAUCAAAUCUUCCUUUCUUUCCGUGUGUAUUUCUAAGAAAUAGAGCCAACUGAUUUUGUAUGUAAAUACCAAGAGCGAUUUACCUGGUACUAAACCCGCACCCCCGUGCGGCCCCUUCCCCGCCCGCCCCGCUCCCUUACCGACUGUGUCCCCAUUGUGUGAUCCAGCCCUGGUGCUGGCUGCAGUCAGCAGAUCCCAGUGAAGGGUUUUGUAUGUUUAGGCCUCAUUUCUUUGUCUUUUUCCUACUCCGUUCCCGGCAUUUGCUGAUUUCUAGUGUAUACUCUGUAGUCUCAGUCCGUGUUUGAUUCCAUUCCAUGGAAAUAAAAAGUAUGUUGUACAUACUGCUGAAGAAUUGUCUUGCAAGUUAAGGCUUCCCCCUUUACUAUAAGACUAUAAAUAAAAACUUAUUUUAUCCUU